ACACUAUUUACCCGGUGGAGAAAAAAUGGGAUUAAAGCAGCAUACAUUCGACCAUCAUCCUUCCUUCCUAUCAGUGAUCACCACCUCAUCUCAGAAUGAGUACAUCUUCAAAUGAGCAGAGCUCAAAGAGAGCCUCACAUAUCAGUCCAAUUGAUCGAUUAGUCGCCCUCAAAAGGGUGAACCAAGCAUCUUCCUCUGAAUCCGUUCAAAAGUUCGAAAGUGUACAAAAACCAUUUCCACUAGGAAACGCAAACAGUAUAGCAUAUGGAGGCUUUUGCGUAAGUCUUGCAAUCGUAUCUGCUUAUCAAUCUUUACAAAAAUCACAAUUGUCUAAAUUGAAUAUAUACUCUGUUCAAGCAUCUUUCUUGGGUCCAACCAAAUUAGAUGCUUCUGUUCGAUUGGAAGUAACGACUUUACGCGAAACCAGAACGUUCUCUACACGAUUGGUACUUGUCAAACAAGAUCAAGGUCAUAAAGAUAAAAAUACUGGAAUUCCUGUCCUACGCUCAACGCUUGCAUUCCUUAUCGAUUUCGUGGCCACAAAAGGAGAUCGAACGCUAGAAGGAAUGGCGUAUGCCGAACAACCAGCUUACAAGGUAACCGAUCAUUCUGCCUUGCCAACAAUACAAGAGCGCUACCUAGAAGAAGUCAAAGCCGGUCGAUUAGAAAAGAGCGUGAUGGAUGCGGUAAAUGAUGUAACAAAAGACAUUCGUCCGCUUUACGAACAAAAGCUUACGCCCGAAGGAUUGAUGUGGGAUAACCUUGGCGGAAUAGCAUCUGACAAUGCAACAAAGCAAGAUGAUCUAAAGACGACGAAUAAAGUUACUUAUGAUUGGCUAAGACAUCUACAGGAAAAUUCAAUUUCAAAUCAAGGUGGACCAGACAUCCUUUAUCCGCCAUGUGAACGAGCAUCAGCUGCAUGCUUUUAUGGUUUGGUAUUGGAUGGCUAUCUAUCAUUCUUACCCUUGGUAUUCAGCCAUAGAUACUUAUAUGACGCCGAUGCUUGCUCUUCGCUAGAUCUAUCGCUUCGAUUCCAUGUGGACGAUUUACGAGGAGGAUUGUGGAACCUGCGAGAGAUGAGAACGAUUGCGGGAGAAGAUGAACGUACUUACUCACAAUCUAGGCUAUGGCAAAAGACAUCUGACCGAUCCAGCACAAGCGGUGGAAAGGAUGAAUUCAAACUUAUCGCUACCAUGACGCAAUCCUCUGUCAUGCGUGGCUUCGAAAAGGAUAAGUCGCAUAUUUGAGACAUGCCCGAAGUAUUGAUCUUAAUUGUGCUUUAGAAGAGCUCAUUGGGCUCGAAUUUUCUUGUAUUCCUUCUUGGAUAAUCGAAUUAAUAUUGUACAACAAGUCAAGCGCAAGCCUCUUUUUGCC